AUGACCUCAACCGCACGACGGUUAAAUGGAGCGGGGGAAGAGAAGGAACAUACCGGCAUCACGACAGACCCUUGGUCUCACUGCCCAAUCUUUCCAGCAGAGAGCAGGUUCUUUGUGAUGAACAACUCGAUGCCUCCUGAAAUCAGUCGGGCCCCAACGCUCUCGCCGUACAUGAGGGAGACGAUCAAGGAGGACAAGACAAACUCAUCAGCAGUACCAUCUUUGGUCGGUAAGCGAGGAGUAAGGCCUGGCACCAAGAAGUUACGCAACAUCUCUUGGGUUUGCAAGAAUUGCACCAACAGAGCGAUCUACGGUAGUAGAACCAGCAAUACCUCCGACCGCUUUUGUGCCCUGCAUCGCCAUGCGUCACAUGUCAACCUGCGGUCGACAAGUUGUGAAGUCAGGGGAUGCGUGCGACAGCCGAUCUACGGAAACCUUUCCUCGGGCAUCUACACGCGAUGCAGCGAGCACAAGUUGGCGUCGGACGUCAACCUUCGCUCCCGGAGGUGUGAGUUCCCUGGCUGUGAUCGCAGCCCAACGUACGGGAAUCAGUCAGACUGGUUUGCACGGAGGUGCCGCCAGCAUCGCAAGGAGAAGGACGGCCUGUGUAUCGGCACACGGUGCCAUGAGGAGGGAUGCAGCAGGAGGGCUAUCUACGGUCACUUAAACUCAAGCAGAGCCUUUUCCUGCGCUGUUCAUCGGACAUCGGAUUUGUUCGACGUGAUCACCAAGCGUUGCGGCUUCCCUGGCGGCUGCUUGAAGCAAGCGAUCUUCGGCUUCCCUGGCAGGGACGGGAAGCAGGGGAAGAAGGAACGAUGCGGGUCCCACAAGCUUCAUGGUAUGCUCAACCUCGCAAUGUCCAAGCGGCUCUGUGGUGUGUUGGGGUGUCAACUCCGAGCUUCCUUCGGACGAGGAGAAGGCCCGGCGCUGUUCUGCUCCCGUCACGGCAAAUCGUACUUCAUGUACACGCACAACGAGAGCGAAGCUAACGACUUGUUCAACGUGAUGAAGAAGAGAUGUCAGCACCCCGAAGGAUGCCUGCUGUGCCCUCGACGCCCCAGCUGCUUCUGUUCCAUGCAUCAGAAUUUCUGCUCGAAAGACACAUGA